UUGUAGCUACUAGGUGUAAUUGUAAAUUACUUGUAACAGUCCCAUAACAGCUCAAGUGGUAGUUUAGAAAAAGCAACAGGCAAGUGUAGAAUCAAAGGGAGUUCUUAGUUUUCUAGAAAAUAAUUGGAUGCAGAUGUUAAAUCAAUUAAUUAUUUUUCCAUUCUCUCAAACAUUGAUUUUUUAUUAACACCAUUCAUCAAUCGUUCAUAUAUUAUUUCAACCAUUCACUCAAUCCUUCAUUUAUUAUUCCUAUCAUACACUUGAAUGUUCAUUCCUUAUCCAUAUCACUCACUCAAUAGGUCAUUCCCUAUUCAUAUCAUUCACUUUGUCGUUUAUUCUUUAUGCACUUCUUUCACUCGGUUCUUUAUUCCUUGUAUACAUCAUUCGCUCAAUCGUUCUAUCCGUAUUUACUUCAUUCACUCAGUCGUUUACUCCUUUUUCACAUCAUUGACGCAAUCGUUCAUUCCUCGUUUAGAUCAUUCACUCAAUCGCUCAUUCCUUAUUCACGUCAUUCACUCCAUCGUUCAUUCCCUGUUCAGAUCAUUCACUUCGUCGUUCAUUCCUUAUACACAUUAUUGACUCAAUCGGUCAUUCCUUAUACACAUUAUUGACUCAAUCGUUCAUUCCUUAUACACAUUACUGACUCAAUCGUUCAUUCCUUAUUCAAGUAAUUCGUUCAAUCAUUCACUACUUAUUCACUACAGUCAUUCUAUAGCUCAUUCCUCAUUCAUAUAAUACACUCAAUCGUUCAUUCCUUAUUCUCACCAUUCACUCAAUAAUCUAUUCAUUAUUCACAAUAUUCGCUCAAUCUUUAUAUUUUUACUCACGUCAUUCACUCAAUCGUUCAUUCCUUACUCAAGUCAUUCAAUCAAUAUUUCAUUUCCCUAGUCUCUCAUUCGCUCCCUAGUUCAAUCUUUCGGUCAUUUUGUCGCUUGGUAUCGAACUAUCCAAGUGCUCUGCAAGAAGUGGAAGCUAAGAAACCAUGCUCUGAACGUUCGUGUGUCUUGUCAUUUCUGCACAUUAAAUCAGGAUAAUGUCGAAUCACAGUAGGCCUCAGAGGCGCCGGGAGUGGGACCCGAUGAGGGACGAUUUUAACGAACACACGUAUGACGUGCAAUACGCCGAUGAUAAUGCCGGGGAACAAGUGCAGCUUGACCACACGAAGCUGUACAUAAUCAACAUACCGAGAGGUCUGAGCGAGGACGGCAUUCGCGCCGCCUUCUCGAAGCACGGAAAAGUUUUAAGCGCCCGCUUGAGCAAAAAUCCUAACAAGAGAUUCGCCAUAGUGCAAUUCGAGACUGCUAGUGAAGCCAAACUGGCCAUGAUGAAAAUGAACGGCUCCGAACCUCUGAACCUGAAGAUAUCCAUAGCUCAUAAGACGAUUCGGAAAACGCAACAUGAUAAUAAAGACAGGAAUUACAGCACGUCACGAAAUGGUCAUUGUAGUAGAGAUGAAGCAUCCAGUAUCAGCAGCAAGGGAUGGAAUAUGAGGAAUCUGGACGAUGUCAUGAACAAUGAUGAAAUUGACGAAAUUGAUGACAUGAUUCAUGAGGAUCACGAUGACAACCUUGACUUGGAGCUGGACAUGCUCACGCUGAAACAGCUGAAGAUCAAAGAGGAGCAGCUCAUGUGUAAGCGCAGAUUGCUCCUGCGACAUGCUGAGAAGAGACAGGUGGCUCCGCAUUCGUCUGCCGGUAGAUCCGUCCUGCCCGACGGUCGGAUCGUCGUGAGGAACAACGCCAAUGAAACGGAUUCUGCUGAGGUGGAACCUUCGUUCGCUGGAGCCGGUUCAGAAUCGUGCGUGAAGUGCGGCGCGCCCGCCGACUGGUACUGCUCGCGUUGCGCGAUCACGCCCUACUGCUCGCAGACGUGCCAGACGAAGGACUGGACCGAGAGGCACAAGUCCGUCUGCCAUUAUCUAGCUCCUUUGAAAACUGCUGGAGGCUUCGAAGCUGAAGCCACGUCUAGUAAGAGCCUCUCUAAUUCGACGCCGAUGCGCUCCUCACACUCGCCACCGACAAAGCAGCAGCGGGGCGAAGCAGACGAAACUGACAAUAAGGCCAAGAACAUUCAAGAACCCAGGCAAAAUUACCAUCGCCCUUCGAACUCUGGCCCCAAUAAAAACAUUCCGGGGAAGAACCAAGAUCCCAGAAGACCCGCUACAUCCAGAGAAGCGAUAGAAGAGGAGACUGAAGAACGGGGAGCCAGGAACUCGAAGCCAGCGGAGGUAACGAAAGACAAACAUCAUCCGAUGAACCCGGUUACGUUCCAAAGGCGGCAGCUGAAGUCGAAUCCGGUGGUGGAUGCCCAGCCGGCGCCGAGAGAGCAGCAGCAGCCGGCGGCGGCCAGGGCGCCCGAGGCAUCUCCUACUGAACAGACAGAGUCAGCUCGACGGACCCUCGUACCGGAUAGGUGCCUCAUAGACAGUCUCAGCGAGGGGGACGUGGUGCUGGUCUCGGUGGAGCUGAAGGCGAGCGAGUGCUGCACCAAGCAGGGCGGCUACGUGUGCCUCUCCAUGCACGAGAAGUACGAGAGCGACUAUCAGAAGCUGUGUGAGGACUACGUGCUGGACUGCGAGGCUGACUCGGACGAGUACAAAAUUAUAACGGGUGACACCUUCUCGUACCUGAGCCCCGAGGACGGAGGCUGGUACCGGGCGCGGGCGCUGAACACGACGAUGGCUGCGCUACUGGAUGGCAGCAAAGUCGUAUACUUGAGAAUGAACGACAAAGUGAAGAAGUUGCCGGCGAAGUACAGCGGGAUACCGGAGUUCUGUUGCGUUUUGAACGCUGAUGUCGAAGUGGGGUUAAAUCUCAAAUGUUCGUUAUUGUCCAAAACACCCAAUGGAUUCAAAGUUACACUUGAAAACGUUGAAACCGAAGCUAACGUCGGCGAAGGGGAGAUCACGAGGUGGAUUCCCGAGGUGGAUUAUCCUCCACCGGUCAAGAACGUACCAGUUCAACGGUCAGUUGAAAUACCUGAAGUUCCUCGUCCGGAGAUCAAGAACAAGAGCAGAGUUAUAUUAGUAGAUGCGACCGACGUGCAGCGUGUGUUUGUGAGGCCGGCCGACACGCGCUCGCAGAAGGCGUUCGAUAAUAUACUACAAGAUGUGCUACUGUACGGUACAACGGCUGAACCCUUGAAAGAGCCUCCAAGUAAGGGACAAACAGUAGUCAGCAAGUACACAGACAAUUUGCACUACAGAGCAUUGUGCAAACGUACUAGUGUUAACAAAAAUAAAUAUUUACUUGAAUAUAUUGAAUACGGCAACAUUGAAAUAACUCAGCUGAAUCGUCUGUACGCGUGCCCCGAGCACCUGUCGGUGACGUCACUAGCCAGUCUGACGUCACACGUGCAACUGGAUACUACCGUCGGCGAGCUGACACCUCGCGCUCUAGAAUACAUUGAGACUAUCAAAGAGGAGGAGAUGAUUUUGACUCUAUCGAGCGGCGGCGACACAGCCCAGAGCGGCGCGGCCCUCGUCAACCUCACCCUGGUCAAGAACAACGAGAACGUCAAUAAGAGAAUAGAAGAACUGUGCACUCCCGAAUGGAAGAAACUCGAGUUGAAAGGAGUCGAUGUUAUAGAAACAGAACGUCUGAUGUACGGCACCGCUCUGGACUACAUCGAGCUGCCGGCCGCGCCCUUCGACCUGCAAGUGCUGGACGAGGUUGGCCUCGACUCUGGGAACAUAUCUGGCUGCCCCACGAACUCGGACUACGUGCGAUACGUCAUGACGAAGCUCCCUGCGCGGAUGAGGGAAUACUGCGAGAGCGAAUUCGGUCGGCAGCCGUACCUGCCCGCGGCCGAGGAGCUCUGCAUCGCGCAGCUGCCGCCCUCCUCCGAAUGGCACAGAGCGGUGGUGCUGGAACAGAUCCUGGGGCCCGGCGGCGGCACCGCGCGCGUUCUGUUCCUGGACCACGGCAACGUGGCCGAGGUGCCGGUCUCCGCGCUGCGGAAGAUGCUGGCGGAGUUCGUUACCGACCUGCCGGCUGUCGCCUGCCAGAUCGUCAUUGAAGAUUUCCCGAAACAAGCAACGGCUGAGAUGCUGUCGAAGGCGCGUCGGUUCAUGAGCGGCCCGGACAAGGAUCGCGCCGCCCAGCUGCCCGUCCGGGGCUGUGACAAGCAGGACGUCGGCAUCUACACGAUCCGCGUCCCGGAGCUGCUCCAAGCGAUGACCGAGUGACUCGAGACUAGAUCCAAUGCUGUCUUGUUAAAAACUACAUAAUUUAUAUCGCGACGUCUGAGGCUUCAAGUACGGGAUGUGUAUUGCGGAAAUGCGUUUUUUAUAAUGUAUAUUUAUAUCGAGGGGUGAAAGUGACAUUUAUCUUUGUAAUUAAAGGUCCGUUUUAUUUGGUAUCAGCAUCAACCGUACGAUGUUUUUAAAAUUCAAUUAAGUUUACUCGAAUCAAAUAACUUAUAUUUUUUUCAAAUUUUCAAGUUUAAGCGGUUCUCCUGUAAAUUUGCAAAAAGUGUCGCUUAAAAAACGUCCUUUUAUCCCUCGAUAUAUAUAUUAUACCUAUAUAAUUAUACCUAUAUAUAUAUAUGUAUUUUCGAUUUAGAAUAGUAUUCAAUUUCGUCCUGUGGGCAUUGCAAAAAACGAUUAAGAGAUUUAUCAGCAAAUUCUCAUGAGUUUAACAAAAGCAACGUGCAGCGAUCUACAACCGGGAAGAGCGUAUUGUAACUACCUCCACGAUGCCUAUAAAAAAGAUAAUAAAAUCUUAAUAAUUUAUAUCGAGGGGUGAAAAGCUAUUUUAUCCGACCGCGACGGAGCAACGCGAAGCCGCUGUCGAUCUGCCAUCUGAUCCCCGGAUUCACUAGGUGCUUUUAGGACCCUUAAGCACCGGUCACCGUCCUCGUCGAACUCGUCGAUUGAGGGUCCGACGAGCGAACUAACCCAUAGACACAGCCCAUUUAUUCUCUCGCCGGAUCUUCUCAGUGGGUCGCACUUCCGAUCCGGUACUUAGAUUCAGCGAAGCGCUGCUCUUGCUAGGGCUAGUGUUAGAAAAUUCUCUCAGGUUGAGCCCGUGAGUUCACCGCGUAGCUGGUAUAGCCUUUUAAGCUAUCAGAUAAUAGGAAAAGAAAAAAAAAGAAAAGCUACUACAUGGUUUAAGCGAUUUUUCGCUUAAUAUUGUAAUUGUAAAUAAAGCAGAUUUUUAUUUGGUAUGAUAGCAUCAACAGUUGGAUUUUUUUAUUGGAAAUCGAUUAAGUUUACUCCAUUGAAAUUCCCAAAUCAUCGUAACCUUUAAAUGGCUCUCCUGUAAAGUUACAAAAAUGUCGCUCAAACCAAAUAGCCUUUCACUUCUCGAUAUAAUAGACCGAACUUAAGUAUACAGUAUAAAAGUCAGAUAUAAUAAAAAAAUAUUGUUGUGAUGUAUAAAAAUCGUUAAGGCCUCAGUCGAGGUAUGUACACUCACUCAUCCGUGUCGCUCAUACUACUAAGUAUGUGUCUUCCAAAUGAGAAUACAAGUCUUCUCUGGCCAUUUGUCAGCCUGAAGACUGCUCAGAUCAGACCAAGCCACGCUGCCUCCGUGAAGAACUUGAGAUUCCGUCUCCGCGGUGAGACCACAAUCUCAAUACCGAUUUUUUUAACCUGUAUUAAGACUAUGUUAAGUAGUUUUAAGGAAUGUUCGAUACAUUGAUAUCAUUAAGAUAAUUAAAUCAAUAAGAUAUAUUUUUAGUUUGUAAGAUUACUCAUUUUUUUUUAUUAAUGAUUGUUUUUUCUAUUAUCUAAACUUUUGUAUAACUCUUUAAUACGUAGAUUUAUUAAUAUGGCGACUGCCGUGUAGGUCACCAGUGCCCUACGCGGCGCACUUAUGUCGAUUAUCUACUGAGUUUCUCGCAGGAUCGUCUCAGUAGGUCGCGUUUCCGAUCCGGUGGUAGAUUCUGCGAAGCACUGCUCUUGCUAGGGUUCGUGCUAGCAACGUCGUCAGGUUUGAGCCCCGUGAGCUCACCUACUAGUUAAGGUUACGCUGAAAUAGCCUCUCAAGGAUAUCAGCAUGAGUAGGAAAAAAAAGAUGUCGAUUUCUCUCUUCGAUCUUUUCUUACUAAGGCGCCGGAAUAUCUAGUAGACUCUGGGAAAGGCGAAUCCGAACGAUACUGAGAAUUAAUUCAAAUUCAAAUUCAAAUUCAAAAUCAUUUAUUUCAACUUGGAUGUCAUCAAAAACACACUUGUUGAAUGUCAAAAUGUAAAAGAAAAUGUUAACUCUACCACCGGUUCCAAAAAAGCCACAGUCCUGAGAAGAACCGGCGAAACAAACUCAGCGGGCUUUUUUAUGUAUUUUCUCAACUAUUUUCUUCUUUUUUUUUUUUAAACAAGAAAACAUAUUUACAGUAUACAAAAAGACAAGUCAAAAAAAUACAAUUCAAAUAAAUAAUAAUAAUAAUGAAAAAUGAAAAGGCCAGGAGCGAACGCCUCAUUCCCACGUAGUGCCAUCUAGUAAAAAAUCCUUAACUUUAUAAUAUGCCUUGUUGCACAAACGUUCCUUGACAGUUUUCUUAAAUCUAUGAACAGGUAGUAGUUGAACGUUUUGUGGGAUCUUGUUGAAAAGUUGUACACCCAGCCCCCUGAAAGAGUUGCUUAUUUUCUUAAUUCGAGCCGCCGGUAACGCAAGCCUAUGUUUGUUCCUAGUGUUCACAUUAUGCAAAUCGCAGACUCUGGGGAAUUCUACAAUGUUUUUACGCACGUACAAUAAAUUUUCAAAAAUGUAUUGGGACGCUAAAGUUAGAAUUUUGAUUUCCUUAAACUUGUCCCUCAAGGAUUCCCUCGGGUGCAUAUUAUAAAUAGCACGAAUAGCCCUCUUCUGCAGGAUGAAAAUCGUUUCGACAUCGGCAGCAUUACCCCAUAGCAAAAUGCCAUAGGACAUAACACUAUGAAAAUAACUGAAAUAAACUAGACGUGCCGUAUCUUCAUCAGUAUACGUUCGUAUUUUUUUUACCGCAAACGCUGCAGAACUAAGUCUAUUCGCUAACUUGCAUAUGUGAGGACCCCACUGCAGCCUGGAAUCAACUGUUAUACCAAGAAAAACUGUCGAAUCAACAAGCUCCAGUGUCUCUCCACUUACAAUGAUAUUAGUGUCUACUUGUCUAACAUUGGGUGUGGUAAAUUUUAUACAUUUUGUUUUUUUGUUAUUUAAUAACAGAUUAUUAACACUAAACCAAUGUACCACGCGCGAGAUAGCAUCAUUCACAUCGUCAUAAUCUUCCAAUUGUCGUUUAAUUUUAAACAAUAAGGAUGUAUCAUCAGCGAAUAAUACGACCUCGUGACGGGUUUCAAUAAACUUUGGUAAAUCAUUGAUAUACACAAGAAAUAAGAAGGGACCCAAUAUGGAACCCUGAGGAACACCCAUAUUAAGUAAGACACCGGAAGAUCUCUUUCCUUUAACGUCUACCUUUUGGAUUCUUCCGGAUAAAUAAGAUUUAAUAAGUUCUAAUGAAACGCCCCUAAUACCAUAAUGGUGUAAUUUCCUCAACAAUGUAUUAUGCUCAACACAAUCAAAAGCUUUAGAUAAGUCGCAGAAUACCCCAAGGGCAUUAUGCGAUUCCUCCCAAGCCUGAAAAAUAUUUUUAAUAAGAUCUACACCUGCAUCAAUAGUCGAACGACCUCUAGUGAAUCCAUAUUGUUUGUUAUGAAGCAGGUUAUUGGAAUAGAAAUGGUUCAAAAGCUGUUCCAAAAUAAUUUUUUCAAAAAUUUUACUCAAUGUAGGUAGUACUGAAAUGGGUCUAAAGUUAGUGGGGUCAAAAGUACUACCAGAUUUAAACAGAGGUAUUAUUUUACUAUAUUUCAUUAGAUCAGGAAACACACCAUUAUAAAUACAGUCAUUAAAUAUUGUAGCAAGGUAAGGUGCGAUUAUAUCAAUAAUGGAUUUUAUAACCUUAAUUGAUAUUCCCCAUAAAUCACCAGUUUUUUUAAUAUUAAUGCUCUUGAAAUUAUCAAUUAUGUCCUUUAUAGCAAUAUUUGUGAACUUAAAGUUAACACUGCAUUCAUCAACAUGAUCUUGCAGUAAUGAUUCGGCGACGGUAGGAGAUGAAAUUAAAGAUUUUGUAGUAGAAGCUGGGAUAUCAGCAAAGUAGCGCUCAAAAGCACUGGCCACUUCUUGAUGAGAAGUUAUUAUUUUAUCAUUGAUUUUCAAAAUUGAUUCAGCAUUGCUGUUUCUGACAUUCCCAGUCUCCCUAUUAAUGAUAUUCCAAGUCAUUUUAAUUUUGUCAGGUGCAUUUUUUAUAAGUUUGCCUAAGUGCAAUGACUUGGCCAAUGUACAGACUUUUUUAAAAAGCUUGGAAUAUUUACAGACAUACUCAUGAAAUGACUUAUUAUGAUUAUAGGAUUUUUCAUGAUAAAGGUCAUAUAAUCUCUGCCUACUUUUGUGAAUUCCAACAGUCGCCCAUUCAUUGAAUGAUCUUUUAUUAUGUAAGAUCAGAGUUUUAGAAGUAAAGAUGGCACUAAAUUCAUCAUUAAUGCAAUUAAAUAAAUCCAUGUAGUGAACAUUAGGAUCUUCACUAUAACAAACAUUCGCAAUUCUUGCCAAAACUUUACCUCUAAACUUCUCCAUACGUCUAAUAUUAAUAGGAACAAACUGUAGGUUUCUUGAACUAUUAACAUCUGUAACAGAUUUAAUUUUAAAAGAUAUGAAUUGUCCACUGUGGUCUGAACUUAAAUGAUUAAUAAUAUAUUUAUGCAAAGGUUUUACGUUUGUGAAAAUAUUAUCUAUACAGGUUGCCGAUGUGCUAGUUUUUCUUGUGGGCUCUGAAAAUAAAUUGCUAAGGUUAUAUGAUUUUAACAAUGUUCUGAAUCUAAUAGUGGCAUUUGUAUUUUCUAAUAAAUUUAUAUUAAAAUCACCACAGAUAAAAAUAUGUUUAUUAGAAACAGAGAGCUUUAAUAAAACAUGUUCCAAUAUAUUUUCAAAAGAAUCAUAUAACGAAUUCGGGGGCCUGUACACACUUACAACAAUGAAUCGCUCAAGCUCUACACAUGCCAUUUCAAUAAUCCGUUCCACAGAGAGGCUCACAAUGUCUCUACGUUCCUUACAUUUAUAAUCUUUAUUAACAAUGAUAAGAGAGCCUCCUCGUAUAGCAUUCUCUCUGCAGAAGGAACUCAUAACCUGGUGAUUUUUAAAAUUACAAUUUAAUUCAUAUUUUUUAAGCCAAUGUUCAGUUACACAUAGAAAGUUGACUUUGUUGUAAUCUAGAAACAAAUCAAUUUCAAGUUCUUUACCCAUCAAACCUUGUAAGUUCUGAUGCACCAGGUUGAUCACAGUUGUUUUCAAAGAAACAGUAUUUGUUGAUGGGCUGUGUCCAAAUAAAUCAUAUUUACUGCAAGAGGUAAACUCUGUUGUCUUAGUAUUUAAUUUAAAUUACUUGGAACGGAUUCCAAAUUAAUAGAUGUAUAAUUUAUUUCUAACAGACAUAAAAGACUAAACCAUACAUUAACAAACAAAAGAAGGGAAAGUUAGUCAAUCCAGGCGCCUUAGUAACAGAUAUCGACAUAAUUACUUCAGUGCGCCGCGUAGGGCACCGGUGACCUACACGGCAGUCAACGUGUUAAAAAAUUUAACUCUUUAUAAUCUUUGGAACGUUAAAUUUAACAUUCCCAAAAGUAAUUGCCUUCUUGGCUCAGUGAAUGUUAUGAUAGAUUUCGUUACAUUGCGCGCUAAAGGUGACUUCAUUUGCGGUCACCAUUCUGUAUACUUGCCUCGUUAGCGAGAGCGUUUUGUCAUUAAGUUUAUAUAUAAAUGGAGGGCGCAAGCGAUCUGUACCGAUAAUUAAGUUCGUGAGCUUCUGUGGUCCCAUUUGUAACAAGCUAUCGGAGUUUUUUUUGUUACGACCCCAACGAAAGAAUUAACUAAAAAAAAGGGUGCGUGUACUUAUGUACGCGCGUAAGAAGUUAUACUUUAUUUUUAUUAAAUUUAUUUCUACUUUUUUUAAUUUAAAUUUUAAUCAAUUUGAAAAAAAAUCGAUGAAACAACAUCCUCAAACACGCAUAUUGGACAUCCCUUUUCUUGAUAUCGUAUAAAUUCGGUAAUUCUCGGUACGGUUCGGAAAGUUCACCUGAGUCUAUAUUCAGACUCGCCAAGUUACGUCGGUCGUAUUGUAAUGAGCGAUUUAGUGGGCAACUUCAUUCUGUUAAUUCUGUGUCACGGUGCGCGCGCAUCGUAAAAUUUCACUCUCAUCAAUUUUUCAUAACGCGCCUAAAGAAGUAUAACUUCAAUAACUACGCGUAUUAUAACAAGAUUGAACGAAUAACCGUUUGAAUUAUUAUUCCGUUCCGGUUUUCCGAACGCGCAAUGUAAAGCAAAGGCGGGUGGCCUUUUCUCGCAUUUUUUUUUUUAAUCAAUCUUUAGGGACUUUAUUAUAAUGUUUUAAUGCGGCCAAUUUGCGUUUACGGUAAGACUACAUACAGUAUUCAUGUGGGAAACGGAACGUUUAGAGCGAAAGGGAUGAAUGUAUGGCUGAGAAAGGGACAGGGAGAGAUUGUUAACAAAAUAUAUUGACCCUUUCACUCUAAGCGUUCCGUUUGCUACAUUCGUGUUGUUUGGUUUUCGAUCGUGGUUACUUUAAGAGAUCAGUCUGACUAGAAGACCACAGUAUUCAUGUUGUGUGUAAAUCUUAAAUUCUAUUCUCGAUCCGCGAGGAUCCGGAUUACGUAUAGGUUCGUCAUCGACAACAGAUUUGUGAUAACGAUGAUGAGAGUACUUACAAUUGAAGACAUAAAGCGGAUAUGAUAUAAUUUGUUAAUUUUGAGAAAACUGGCAACAAACUUGUAAUAAGUGCAAUUUCUAAAAAUAGCCUUUAAACUCGGAGUUUGAAGGUCUAAUAUGGUAUAUAGGCACACAACACCUUCGUUGAAUGUAAAAACUAAAAAAUCUUAAAAAAUGGUACUUAACCCCUUUAUCCACUCAUGUCUUCAAUUAUUUCAAACCAAAGAAGCAGCAGGUGGGUGGUAAAAGUUUCGUCAUUUCUUAGUUUGAAAUCGACGGAAUCCGUUAAGGACUUGACAUUGUACACGAAAAUUGAAAAAAAAUGCGAUGCUUUAAAAAAAGGUAAUUAUGUAGAUUCUACCCACAAAUUUAACUAAUACUACAAGCAAAUUAAAAAAAAUUGAUUACGUGUUGUGAUAUACCAAAAAAAAAGUAAUUUGCUAAAAUUUCAAGGUCCCCUUGGCAAAUCCCAUGGACCUAUUGUCUUUUAGAAGAUCAAAGAGCUUGCAGAGACGUUUUUUCUAGUCUCAUAAAAGGUUUUUAUAAAAUUUUGAGAAUCUCUAUUAUGAGGAGAGUUCAGUUUUAAAAUUUGAAACUUUCAGUAGAAUUUUACAGCAAACUUCGAAGGCGACGCAUUGUUAAAUUUAAUACUAUAAAGGUUCAAGUCAGCAGGAAAGCCUGGUUUUUGAGAAUGUCAUCAUUCUUAAAAAAAUAUAAAUAUUUACCUUGUCAGAUGACAAGUUUUCGUCCGCUGCCGUGGUUCGGAAGAUUCCCAUGCAGUGGACCUUUAAUUAUGUUUCUGUCUCGUGGUGUCUAAGGGCGCUUCCUGCACCAUUUGACUUUUCGCCAAGUUAAACUUGAACCGGAUUUUGAUAUCAAAUCCUUCAGUAGAUUUUUCCAGAAAUUCGUUUUUGGAAAUUUCGAAAAUGUUGUAAAGCACUGUAAUUGUUGGAGUGUUCUUUAAUUUCAUUUCGAGCUUACAAAUGAUGGCUCGGAUUGAGGUUUUUGUGGCCCCAAAAAUACCGUCAGCACGAACGGUGUUAUUUUUAAGGUCUCUUCGCCAAUUUUAAUUCGACCUUUUGGGUCGUUCUUGGCGACGCUAUUGUGACCCUUUCCGAACAUUUAAAUGUAGGAGAAAUUUCUCUUACAAAGUGAUAUGUCGGGUCAGGUUCAAACUGAAGCGUUUGGUGACCUGACGACAUUAACUUUCAGGAUUUUGUACAGGAGAAACACAAAGCUGUAAUGAUGUUACAUUUCAGCGGGUCUUUUUAUGUCUUAACAUACGUUAUUUUAAUGUGUGUUGGAUUUUAUAGUAAGCGGCACGUAAGUUGGCAAGGUUUUGGUGUAGUGGGGGUAAUGACGCGCAUAAUGCGCAUUGCAACAAAAAAAUGGUCACUUUUAUUGGCCGCAUAUAAUUUAAUUUUAUUUAACUUUUUAUUUGCCACAAUUUAUUUUUAAGCCUGUGUGCUUAGAAGAAAGUUAAAGAAAAGAGAGGAAUUCGUGAAGUGUAUUAGGUGUUAUAAAUAAAAUACAAUUAAAAGUUCAGAAGUUUAUUUAAAAAAAUAUACUUAAUAUUAAAAAUUAUGUGUCGCCGUCGUCACUAUCGUUUUCUAAUAGUGCUACCUCUUGCAUUAAAUUUAUGGUAGCACCUGAGCUGGUGGAAAGAGUUGGCUCCUCAUCCUCGACAUAACUCUCGUCGCUGGAAGAGUCGCUGUCGUCACUGGCGUAAAUAAUAAAAUGCUCAGUGACUGAAUCGACUAUAUGGUCAUUGGUAUUUGGUCCUGGCAUUGCAAACAAAUUUAAAACAAUAAUAACAACUCGUAACAAAAACUCAAUAUAAACAAAGGGUUCCACCAACUUUAGUAGGCGCAUGUGUAAUCGGGAGUGAACGGAACGUGGACGCGGUGCGGGAGGGGAGGGUCGACUGACUCACCAAUCGCGCGCUCGGUAAGGUGCUACGUCUUUCCCCGCGUCCCGCUUGACAACCAAAGAAACCUAAAAAACGACUUCUGCGCAUCUAUUGACUCUUGCCAAGUUACGUGCUGGGGACUAUACUUGAAUUUUCAAGUUAGUUAUUAAAUCCAACGGGUUCACUGUUGUGAAUACCGUUUUCUAAAUCAUUUAAGCUUGCUUGAUAUAGAGACGUCACCAAGGCCAUAAUUACCUUUUGCCGAGUCUUUUUGGCAGUGACAUAUUUUUGCCUAAUUACAUUUUGAUCCGCUUUUUUAUCAGCUUAUUUACGGUCCGGACUAAGCUAAGCUCAGUCCCCCGACAAGUUAGCACGCUAUGAACGUGCGCAGAAUCGCCUGGAAACGUGAACGCGGCAACUUUCAUUUGAAUUUUACAGCAAAUUUCAAGUUGGAAUCUCGUUUCAUUUUAGGCACACCCGCUUUAUUUCAAAACCCUGCAGAUUCCAAUGAUGGAUAUUGUAGGGAAUUUUUUCGAUUUUUCGAUCUAACAAUUCUUUUGGGGUGACGUGGGCCCUGUAAAUACGUGGUCGCAUCUGUAUAGACUGCAUAAGCCACUGCCAAGAUAUCAAGCCAAGAACUCUACGAAUAAAAAGACAUACAUAGUUUUUUGCGAAUCAUUUUUGUUUUAAUAUGGUGCUAAUUGAAGCGACUGGAUUUGUGAUGCGAUUGUAUUUUUUCAAAAAGAAAAAGAACACUUAACUCUCGUACAGUAAGGUAGUGCGUGAAGUAAACGUACCUAUGAAUGUGUGUGCUCGAUGCAUCCUGUAUGCUUUUUUUUAUAAAUGCGACAAAUGUUUUUGUAGUUUUACCUUCAAAAUCAUGUAUUCGAAGAAUUUGCCUACUAAAAUUAUAUAGGACAGCGCCGUGAGAUGACAACGAACCGUUGUCUGAAAUGCCACGGCUAGAUUGUUCCAGAAUUCGAAAUGUGUAACCUUUGAAUAUGUGAUUUAAAAUAAACGCUUGAUUUUGUUUUGUUUUAUUUGUUUGCUAUUUAUUUUUUAUCUAUUCUAAUAGUUGCAGUUUAUCUUGUAUGGGAGUUGAUAAAUUAAUUAAAUGGCUAUAUUUCCUGUGGAAUAUUUGGCAUCAAGUCAAGUAAUGCUUGGACAGAACUUUUUUGUUUUUGUCGCCGUUAAUUUUGUGACUUUUAGUUAAGUCGAUUCGAGCUCUUGCGGAGAAUUCGUCAGUAGAGUUUGACAGCAAAUUUCGAGUCACGUUGAUAACUCCAAAGUUUUACAGCAAAUUUCGAGUCACGUUGUUAACUCCAAAUGCUUAACGCGCCGGAAUUAUUAGAGUUGACUCAUUACUUGAAUUAAUUAUAAGGUCAUUUGUGGAUUUCUUUAAGAAUUUGAAUUUUAGUAAAGAAUCCUUUGACCAAGACUUUGGUAAUGUCAAUCCAAGCUAUGCUUGGUCAGACACAAAUCUCGAUUGGAGCCAUUAAUGCUUAAAAAUCCAAUGGUGCUACUCCAAACUGUCGUAAAGUAUCCUUCAGUAGAGUUUUACAGCAAAUUUCAUGUCACGUUGUUAACUUCAAAUGCUUAACGCGCCGGAGUUAUUAGAGUUGACUUAAUACUUGAAUUAAUUUAAAGGUCAUUCCUGUAGUUCUUUACAAAAUUGAAUGAUGGUAAACAAUCCUUUGACUAACAUUUUGAUAGUGUCAACCCAAGUUAGCUUGGUCAGACAUAUCUCUGGAUUGAAGCCAUUAAUUUUUAAUAAUCCAAUGCGUUCACUCCAAACGGUGUAAAGAAUCCUUCAGUAGAAUUUUACAGCAAAUAAAGAUUAGAGUAAUGUUUCAAAUCACGCUAUAAUUUCAACCGUGCGAAUGGUUUGGCUGCUGGCCGCCAUAGCUCGAAGCGAUGUGGAUUAUUCUCAUGCAUAUCUAGUUCCAUGACAAGUUCCUGUUGUGAUAACUUGAAUGAGACAUCUGAGUUUGUCAUGUAUCUUAUAGUUCUUGGAUCUGUCUUCGGAUAGAACUUGAAAUAUAAUAAUUAAAUAAAUUUCAAUCACAGCUCCCGCGGUCCUUUGUUUUACAAGCUUUGUUUACUCUGGGAUUUUAUGGGCUCAGAUAAAGUUAUACUUGAACAGAGCUUUUCUGGUUUUAGGGCUGUUUGUUUCAUGGCAUUUAAUUGAAACGAUUCGAGCUAUUGCAGAGAAUCCUUCAGUAGAGUUUUACAGCAAAUUUCGAGUCACGUUGUUGGCUCCAAAUGCUUAACGCGCCGGAGUUAUUAGAGUUGGCUUAUUACUUGAAUUAAUUAAAUAUUUCUUGGAUUUCUUUACGAAAUUGGUUUUUAGUAAAUAAUCUUUUGACCAAGACUUUGAUAGUGUCAAUCCAAGUUAGACUUGGCCAGAUAUAUUUUACAAUUAGAGCCAUUUACUUUUAAUGAUCCAAUAGGGUCAUUAUAAGCUGUCAUAAAGAAUCCUUCGUAGAGUUAUACAGCAAAUUUUGAGUCACGUUGUGAACUCCAAAUGCUUAACGCGCCGGAGUUAUUAGAGUUGACUUAUUACUUGAAUUAAUUAGGAGGUCAUUUGUAGAGUUCUUUAGGAAAUUGAAUUUCGGUAAAUGAUCCUUUGACCAAGGCUUUGGAAGUGUCAAUCCAAGCUAUGCUUGGUCAGACACAUCUCUCGAUUGGAGCCAUUAAUGCUUAAAAAUCCAAUGGAGCCUCUCCAAACUGUCGUAAAGUAUCCUUCAGUAGAGUUUUACAGCUAAUUUCAAGUCACGUUGUUAACUCCAAAUGCUUAACGCGCCGGAGUCAUUGGAGUUGAUUUAGUACUUGAAUUAAUUUAAAGGUCAUUCCUGUAGUUCUUUACAAAAUUGAAUUAUGGUAAACAAUCCUUUGACUAACAUUUUGAUAGUGUCAACCCAAGUUAGCUUGGUCAGACACAUCUCUCGAUUGGAGCCAUUAAGUUUAAAAAUCCAAUGGAGCCACUCAUAACUGUCGUAAAGUAUCCUUCAGUAGGGUUUUACAGCAAAUUUUGAGUCACUGUUAUCUCCAAAUGCUUAACGCGCCGGAGUUAUUAGAGUUGACUUAUUACUAGGAUUAAUUAGAAGGUCAUUUCUGGAGUUCUUUACGAAAUUGGUUUUUAAUAAAGAUUCCUUUGACCAAGACUUUGAUAGUGUCAAUCCAAGCUAUGCGUGGUCAGACAUGUUUCUUGAUUGAGGUCAUUUAUUUUAAAUAAUCCAAUCAAUCCGCCCGAGCCUAUCAUGAAGAAUCCUUCACUAGAGUUUUACAGCUUUAGCUAAUUCUACUCGCAAAUAAAAAAAAAACAAAUAAUUGACGAGUUGCGAUGUUCCAAAAAAGCAUUGACCUAUAUAGUAAAAAAAAGUAUUUAGAUUGCUAAAAUUUCAAGGUCCCCUUGGCAAAUCCCUCGGACCUAUUGACUUUUAGUAGAUCAAAGAGCUUGCAGAGACGUUUUUUCUAGUCUCAUAAAAGGUUUUUAUAAAAUUUUGAGAAUCUCUAUUGUGAGAGUUCAGUUUUAAAACUUGAAACUUUCAGUAGUAUUUUACAGCAAACUUCGAUGGCGACGCAUUGUUAAAUUUAAUACUAUAAAGGUUCAAGUCAGCAGGAAAGCCUGGUUUUUGAGAAUGUCAUCAUUCUUAAAAAAAUAUAAAUAUUUACCUUGUCAGAUGACAAGUUUUCGUCCGCUGCCGUGGUUCGGAAGAUUCCCAUGCAGUGGACCUUUAAUUAUGUUUCUGUCUCGUGGUGUCUAAGGGCGCUUCCUGCACCAUUUGACUUUUCGCCAAGUUAAACUUGAACCGGAUUUUGAUAUCAAAUCCUUCAGUAGAUUUUUCCAGAAAUUCGUUUUUGGAAAUUUCGAAAAUGUUGUAAAGCACUGUAAUUGUUGGAGUGUUCUUUAAUUUCAUUUCGAGCUUACAAAUGAUGGCUCGGAUUGAGGUUUUUGUGGCCCCAAAAAUACCGUCAGCACGAACGGUGUUAUUUUUAAGGUCUCUUCGCCAAUUUUAAUUCGACCUUUUGGGUCGUUCUUGGCGACGCUAUUGUGACCCUUUCCGAACAUUUAAAUGUAGGAGAAAUUUCUCUUACAAAGUGAUAUGUCGGGUCAGGUUCAAACUGAAGCGUUUGGUGACCUGACGACAUUAACUUUCAGGAUUUUGUACAGGAGAAACACAAAGCUGUAAUGAUGUUACAUUUCAGCGGGUCUUUUUAUGUCUUAACAUACGUUAUUUUAAUGUGUGUUGGAUUUUAUAGUAAGCGGCACGUAAGUUGGCAAGGUUUUGGUGUAGUGGGGGUAAUGACGCGCAUAAUGCGCAUUGCAACAAAAAAAUGGUCACUUUUAUUGGCCGCAUAUAAUUUAAUUUUAUUUAACUUUUUAUUUGCCACAAUUUAUUUUUAAGCCUGUGUGCUUAGAAGAAAGUUAAAGAAAAGAGAGGAAUUCGUGAAGUGUAUUAGGUGUUAUAAAUAAAAUACAAUUAAAAGUUCAGAAGUUUAUUUAAAAAAAUAUACUUAAUAUUAAAAAUUAUGUGUCGCCGUCGUCACUAUCGUUUUCUAAUAGUGCUACCUCUUGCAUUAAAUUUAUGGUAGCACCUGAGCUGGUGGAAAGAGUUGGCUCCUCAUCCUCGACAUAACUCUCGUCGCUGGAAGAGUCGCUGUCGUCACUGGCGUAAAUAAUAAAAUGCUCAGUGACUGAAUCGACUAUAUGGUCAUUGGUAUUUGGUCCUGGCAUUGCAAACAAAUUUAAAACAAUAAUAACAACUCGUAACAAAAACUCAAUAUAAACAAAGGGUUCCACCAACUUUAGUAGGCGCAUGUGUAAUCGGGAGUGAACGGAACGUGGACGCGGUGCGGGAGGGGAGGGUCGACUGACUCACCAAUCGCGCGCUCGGAAAGGUGCUACGUCUUUCCCCGCGUCCCGCUUGACAACCAAAGAAACCUAAAAAACGACUUCUGCGCAUCUAUUGACUCUUGCCAAGUUACGUGCUGGGGACUAUACUUGAAUUUUCAAGUUAGUUAUUAAAUCCAACGGGUUCACUGUUGUGAAUACCGUUUUCUAAAUCAUUUAAGCUUGCUUGAUAUAGAGACGUCACCAAGGCCAUAAUUACCUUUUGCCGAGUCUUUUUGGCAGUGACAUAUUUUUGCCUAAUUACAUUUUGAUCCGCUUUUUUAUCAGCUUAUUUACGGUCCGGACUAAGCUAAGCUCAGUCCCCCGACAAGUUAGCACGCUAUGAACGUGCGCAGAAUCGCCUGGAAACGUGAACGCGGCAACUUUCAUUUGAAUUUUACAGCAAAUUUCAAGUUGGAAUCUCGUUUCAUUUUAGGCACACCCGGUUUAUUUCAAAACCCUGCAGAUUCCAAUGAUGGAUAUUGUAGGAAUUUUCUCGAUUUUUCUAUCUAACAAUUCUUUUGGGUGACGUGGGCCCUGUAAAUACGUGGUCGCAUCUAUAUAGACUGCAUAAGCCACUGCCAAGAUAUCAAGCCAAGAACUCUACGAAUAAAAAGACAUACAUAGUUUUUUGCGAAUCAUUUUUGUUUUAAUAUGGUGCUAAUUGAAGCGACUGGAUUUGCGAUGCGAUUGUAUUUUUUCAAAAAGAAAAAGAAAACUUAACUCUCGUACAGUAAGGUAGUGCGUGAAGUAAACGUACCUAUGAAUGUGUGUGCUCGAUGCAUCCUGUAUGCUUUUUUUUAUAAAUGCGACAAAUGUUUUUGUAGUUUUACCUUCAAAAUCAUGUAUUCGAAGAAUUUGCGUACUAAAAUUAUAUAGGACAGCGCCGUGAGAUGACAACGAACCGUUGUCUGAAAUGCCACGGCUAGAUUGUUCCAGAAUUCGAAAUGUGUAACCUUUGAAUAUAUGAUUUAAAAUAAACGCUUGAUUUUGUUUUGUUUUAUUUGUUUGCUAUUUGUUUUUUAUCUAUUCUAAUAGUUGCAGUUUAAUUUGUAUGGGAGUUGAUAAAUUAAUUAAAUGGCUAUAUUUCCUGUGGAAUAUUUGGCAUCAAGUCAAAUAAUGCUUGGACAGAGCUUUUUUGGUUUUGUCGCCGUUAAUUUUGUGACUUUUAGUUAAGUCGAUUCGAGCUGUUGCGGAGAAUUCGUCAGUCGAGUUUUACAGCAAAUUUCGAGUCACGUUGAUAACUCCAAAUGCUUAACGCGCCGGAGUUAUCAGAGUUGACUUAUUACUUGAAUUAAUUGAAAGGUCAUUUCCGCAGUUCUUUACAAAAUUUAAUUUCGGUAAAGAAUCCUUUGACCAACAUGUUGAUAUCAUAAUCCAAGCUAUGCUUGGAAAGAUAUUGUUCUCGUUUGGAGCCAUUAAUGUUCAAAACUCCAAAGGAGCCACUCCAAACUGUCAUAAAGAAUCCUUCAGUAGAGUUUUACAGCAAAUUUCGAGUCACGUUGUUGGCUUCAAAUGCUUAACGCGCCGGAGUUAUUAGAGUUGACUUAUUACUUGAAUUAAAUAUUUCUUGGAUUUCUUUACGAAAUUGGUUUUUAGUAAAUAAUUUUUGAAGACUUUGAUAGUGUCAAUCCAAGUUAGGCUUGGCCAGAUAUAUUUUACAGUUAGAGCCAUUUAUUUUUAAUGAUCCAAUAGGGUCAUUAUAAGCUGUCAUAAAGAAUCCUUCGUGGAGUUUUACAGCAAAUUUUGAGUCUCGUUGUUAACUCCAAAUGCUUAACGCGCCGGAGUUAUUAGAGUUGACUCAUUACUAGAAUUAAUUAGGAGGUCAUUUGUAGAGUUCUUUAGGAAAUUGAAUUUCGGUAAAUGAUCCUUUGACCAAGACUUUGGAAGUGUCAAUCCAAGCUAUGCUUGGUCAGACACAUCUCUCGAUUGGAGCCAUUAAUGGUUAAAAAUCCAAUGGAGCCACUCCAAACUGUCGUAAAGUAUCCUUCAGUAGAGUUUUACAGCAAAUUUCGAGUCACGUUGUUAACUCCAAAUGCUUAACGCGCCGGAGUUAUUAGAGUUGAUUUAGUACUUAGAAUUAAUUAGGAGGUCAUUUUUGCACCUCUUUACGAAAUUGAUUUUUGGUAAAGAAUCCUUUGACCAACAUUAUGAUGUCACAAUGCAAGCUACAAUUGGAAAGAUAUUGUUCUGGCUUGGAGCCAUUUCAAGUUAUCGGAAAGAGUCCUUCAGUAGAAUUUUACAGCAAAUAAAAGAUUAGAGUAAUGUUUCAAAUCACGCUAUAAUUUCAACCGGGCGAAUGGUUUGGCUGCUGGCCGUCAUAGCUCUAAGCGAUGUGGAUUAUAUUCAUGCAUAUCUAGUUCCAUGACAAGUUCCUGCUGUGAUAACUUGAAUGAGACAUCUGAGUUUGUUAUGUAUCUUAUAGUUCUUGGAUCUAUCGUCGGAUGACAUUUGAAAUUAAUAAUUAAAUAGAUCGCAAGCACAGCUCCCGCGGUACUUUGUUUUACUAGUUUUGAUUACGCUGGGAUUUUAUGGCCUCAGGUUUUACUAUACUUGGACAGAGUUUUUCUGGUUUUACAGCUGUCAAGGCCAUAUCUGGAGUUCUUUACGAAAUUGAAUUAGGGUAAAACAUCCUUUGACCCAGACUUUAAUAGUGUCAAUCCAAGCUAUGCGUGGUCAGACAUGUUUCUUGAUUGAAGUCAUUAAUUUUAAAUAAUUCAAUGAAUCCUUCAAAUCCUUCGGACCUAUUGACUUUUAGUAGAUUAAAGAGCUUGCAGAUACGUUUUUUCUAGUCCCAUAAAAGGUUUUUAUAAAAUUUUGAGAAUCUAUUGUGAGGAGAGUUCAGUUGUAAAACUUGAAACUUUCAGUAGAAUUUUACAGCAAACUUUGAUGGCGACGCAUUGUUAAAUUUAAUACUAUAGAGAUUCAAGUCAGCAGGAAAGCCUGGUUUUUGGGAAUGUCACCAUCCUUAAAAAAAUAUAAAUAUUUACCUUGUCAGAUGACAAGUUUUCGUCCGCUUCCGUGGUUCGGAAGAUUCCCAUGCAGUGGAUGUUUAUGUUUCUGUCUUGUGGUGUCUAAGGGCGCUUCCUGCACCAUUUGACUUUUCGCCAAGUUAAACUUGAACCGGAUUUUGAUAUCAAAUCCUUCAGUAGAUUUUUCCAGAAAUUCGUUUUUGGAAAUUUCGAAAAUGUUGUAAAGCACUGUAUUUAUUGGAGUGUUCUUUAAUUUCAUUUCGAGCUUACAAAUGAUGGCUUGGAUUGAGGUUUUUGUGGCCCCAAAAAUACCGUCAGCACGAACGGUUUUAUUUUUAAGGUCUCUUCGCCAAUUUUAAUUCGACCUUUUGGGUCGUUCUUGGCGACGCUAUUGUGACCCUUUCCGGACAUUUAAUUGUAGGAGAAAUUUCUCUCACAAAGUGAUAUGUCGGGUCAGGUUCAAACUGAAGCGUUUGGUGACCUGACGACAUUAACUUUCAGUGGAUUUUGUUACAUUUCAGCGGGUCUCUUUAUGUCUUAACAUAUGUUAUUUUAAUGUGUGUUGGAUUUUAUAGUAAGCGGCACAUAAGUUGGCAAGGUUUUGGUGUAGUGGGGGUAAUGACGCGCAUAAUGCACAUUGCCACAAAAAAAUGGUCACUUUUAUUGCCCGCAUAUAAUUUAAUUUUAUUUUAGUUAACUUUUUAUUUGCCACAAUUUAUUUUUAAGCCUGUGUGCUUAGAAGAAAGUUAAAGAAAAGAGAGGAAUUCGUGAAGUGUAUUAGGUGUUAUAAAUAAAAUACAAUUAAAAGUUCAGAAGUUUAUUUAAAAAAAUAUACUUAAUAUUAAAAAUUAUGUGUCGCCGUCGUCACUAUCGUUUUCUAAUAGUGCUACCUCUUGCAUUAAAUUUAUGGUAGUACCUGAGCUGGUGGAAAGAGUUGGCUCCUCAUCCUCGACAUAACUCUCGUCGCUGGAAGAGUCGCUGUCGUCACUGGCGUAAAUAAUAAAAUGCUCAGUGACUGAAUCGACUAUAUGGUCAUUGGUAUUUGGUCCUGGCAUUGCAAACAAAUUUAAAACAAUAAUAACAACUCGUAACAAAAACUCAAUAUAAACAAAGGGUUCCACCAACUUUAGUAGGCGCAUGUGUAAUCGGGAGUGAACGGAACGUGGACGCGGUGCGGGAGGGGAGGGUCGACUGACUCACCAAUCGCGCGCUCGGAAAGGUGCUACGUCUUUCCCCGCGUCCCGCUUGACAACCAAAGAGACCUAAAAAACGACUUCUGCGCAUCUAAUGACUCUUGCCAAGUUACGUGCCGGGGACUAUACAUCAAUUUUCAAGUUAGUUAUUAAAUCCAACGGGUUCACUGUUGUGAAUACCGUUUUCUAAAUCAUUUAAGCUUGCUUGAUAUAGAGAUGUCACCAAGGCCAUAAUUACCUUUUGCCGAGUCUUUUUGGCAGUGACAUAUUUUUGCCUAAUUACAUUUUGAUCCGCUUUUUUAUCAGCUUAUUUACGGUGCUGACUAAGCUAAGCUCAGUCCCCCGACAAGCUAGCACGCUAUGAACGUGCGCAGAAUCGCCUGGAAACGUGAACGCGGCAACUUUCAUUUGAAUUUUACAGCAAAUUUCAAGUUGGAAUCUCGUUUCAUUUUAGGCACACCCGGUUUAUUUCAAAACCCUGCAGAUUCCAAUGAUGGAUAUUGUAGGAAUUUUCUCGAUUUUUCUAUCUAAUAAUUCUUUGGGGUGACGUGGGCCCUGUAAAUACGUGGUUGCAUCUGUAUAGACUGCAUAAGCCACUGCCAAGAUAUCAAGCCAAGAACUCUACGAAUAAAAAGACAUACAUAGUUUUUUGCGAAUCAUUUUUGUUUUAAUAUGGUGCUAAUUGAAGCGACUGGAUUUGUGAUGCGAUUGUAUUUUUUCAAAAAGAAAAAGAACACUUAACUCUCGUACAGUAAGGUAGUGCGUGAAGUAAACGUACCUAUGAAUGUGUGUGCUCGAUGCAUCCUGUAUGCUUUUUUUUAUAAAUGCGACAAAUGUUUUUGUAGUUUUACCUUCAAAAUCAUGUAUUCGAAGAAUUUGCCUACUAAAAUUAUAUAGGACAGCGCCGUGAGAUGACAACGAACCGUUGUCUGAAAUGCCACGGCUAGAUUGUUCCAGAAUUCGAAAUGUGUAACCUUUGAAUAUGUGAUUUAAAAUAAACGCUUGAUUUUGUUUUGUUUUA